CCCUGAUGCCGACCGGCAAAAUUCAAAGCCUCUGCAUAAAAUGCUAUAGAGCCUCCUGAGUCUAGCGAUUGCUCCUAUUAUCACAGCUCACCAUCGCAACCACAGCCCCCCCACAGCGCAAUCACCACAAUCAUUACAAUCACUGCAAUCACAACCACCGGGAGCAGAAGGGGAAGAUGGUCGAUCUGACCGCGGCAAUAGCCCUAGUGGUAGCAUCGAUAGCCCUCCUAGUCACAGGACUUCAACUCACCCAACAACUUCUAGCAACAAGCUACACCAUCCGCAAAUGCGACCGGAUAAUCAGCGGGAACCUCACGAGGGGUGGUAAGCGUCACUGGCACUGGCGACAAUUCCGGUUCACUGUCGACUACGAGGGUCUAACGUUCUGCUUUCCUCAGGAUCUGUACACAUCUUUGGGCCUCAGUCCCUCCGUGUCCGUGCCCCCGGAUACCAAAACGACCGCGGGGCUCUGGGACCGGGCGAUGGAGCUGCGUGACAAGAAGAAGAAGGGUGGCCAGGGAUGCUGGGUUUCAUUUGUGCUGGAUAUGGCGCCGUACCUACUUCCUGAGAAUCUCGGGAGGAAGGUGGAGAGUGGGGAUAGAGUCCCGGAAGACCUCACUGUUGCGCCCGUGCAGGUUGACGUUAUCACGGUUGUGCUGCUGUGUAUUGCGGCGGGUAUGAAGUUCUCCAGGUAUUCGCCUGCGACUGGUGAAAUAAGCAUGAGUGGAAGAGUUGGGGCUAUUACUAGUGCUGCGCAUCCUACCUUGGGGGGUUUGUUGCAUUACACCCCUGCCGCUCGAGCACAACAGGACCCGAGUCCAAACGAGACGAAGAUGCGCUUACGAGCAGUGAACCACGUGAAGGGGGUAUGGGCAAAUACUAUAUUCGGAAGGUUUAAUGAUCGGGGAAUUGGUCGUGGGUACCUUGAAUUCUCCAAGCUCCAAGGGAUGAAGAAGGAGAUUUUAGCACCGGUAGACCAUGAGUCGCUGGAGCGUAGCGAUGAAGCCGCAAGGUUUAUGGUAUUAGCCGCAGGGUUUAUGGCAUUAGCCACAGUGGACGUCUACCUUGUUGUUCCACCGACAUGCAUUCAUGCCGAAUGUGCGCACUUUGCGGAGGUUAUUGUCAAAGCCCAUCUCAAAGAAAUCGAAGGCAUAGAGCCAGUAGUUCACCCACCAGAUUUCAUUCACGCUAGAGCAACCCUCAUCGAGAUUCACGGUGCCUCAUCACCACACAUUACUUGGGAUCAACUCCACCCCCUUCACCUCACCAAUCCAAUCCCAGAAAUCUUGGCCGCUCCUGUUGAACGCCUCCAACCCCUUAACCUUACAAACCAGGACCUACUCUCCUGCAAACCCAACGAAUCCGGUAGAGAUGAGACCACAGACCCCAGUACAUUCAUUACUCCCACCGCUGCUUGGGAACUAAUUAUGAAUGCCGAUGCAGCUUCUCAUGCUCUAGAGAAAGAAGCCCCCGGGAUCCGCAACUACUCGGAUAGUGUCGUGGUAAAAUCAAUCGCCGCACUCAAAAAAGUGGGUGCCCCGUCGUGGGGCCGCGCCGGUACCGUUGUCGCCGAAUGGCCGCAAACCGUAGCAGAGGCUUGCAGGGCCACCUCAAAGAGCAAAGGCUUCCAGCCUGAUCAAGAGAGAUUGAUUUUCGCGCAUGCAAAAUUGUCGAUUUUAAGGGCGAGCUAUGUUACUGUUAUGCUAAGGGCGGCGGGGAGCGUGGGACCCGUGUUGAAGGAAAAUAGUGACCCAGUUACUGGACUGGCAUAUAUGGCGUAAUUGGAUUUUUGGGAGUUGUGUGGAAUAAUUCGAAUAAGCAUCUUUUGAAACGAGUAUGAUAAUUAUGACAAUAGACAUUAUGAUAUUAGCCCCCG